AUGUUCAAGCAAUCGAUUCGUGCUUUGUCUUCUAGAAGAUUGUUGUCUGUGACCCCAAGAACUCACAACGCUGUGAGCGACUUGUACAUCCAGCAGAUCAAGCAGUUCAAGCCAUCUCCAGUGAGCGCUGACGCUGAGGGUAUCAAGCACUUCAAGUUGCCAUCUAAGCCAGCUAUCCCAUCCGAUGAGGUCUCUGCUGACGCUGUGAGCGCUUACGAGUCAUCUGAGGUCGAGACCGAGUCUGCUCCAGCUGCUGGCUCUGGUCAGGCUGCUGAGGAGGACUGGUUCGUGUUCCCAGAGGAGGAAGAACAACAACACUAA